GGAGAACAUAUGUGGGAGCCUCACCAGACGCAGAGCAGAGAGUAGACAAAGCUCUCAGCCUGGACUUACUUCUGUUGGAUUACUUCUCUCAAGUCAGGGUCUGAGUGCGUUUGCGUUGUUGCAUCAGAGUGUAUGAAUGUGAACGUUUGAGUGUGAAGUGUAAGUAUAAUUUUAACUGCUUUAGACAUGGAUACAUCCUUUGCAGUGAGCCCUCUUCUCCUGGCCCUUCUGCUCUCUCUUCAUCUGCACUGCCACCUCUUUGUUUGGGCCGCAAUGGACUCCUGCUCUGAUGAGGAGGGCGCCCUAAGCCGUUGCAUGCCUAAGUUUGAAAACAUUGCCUUCAAUCACACUGUGGUGACAUCAAAUGUGUGCGGCUCCCCACCUGAGGACUACUGCAUGCAGACUGGCUCAACGCGCUCAUGCCACCACUGUGACGCAUCAGAUCCGGAUCAGAGCCACAACGUCAGCCUCCUGACAGACUUCAACAGGAACGAGGAGCCCACGUGGUGGCAGAGCCAGUCCAUGUACUACGGUGUACAGCAUCCUAAUUCUGUCAACAUCACCCUCCACCUGGGAAAGGCUUUUGAGAUAACUUAUAUACGAUUGAAAUUCUACACCAGUCGCCCGGAGAGCUUCGCCAUCUACAAGCGCACGGAAGAGGAUGGGCCCUGGUUGCCUUACCAGUAUUACAGCGCCUCUUGUAGGAAGACCUAUGGGAAGGAUGCCAAGGCUUACAUUCGCCCAGGAGAUGAUGAGAGGAUGGCCUUAUGUACAGAUGAGUUCAGCGAUAUCUCUCCUCUGACUGGAGGAAACGUGGCUUUCUCCACCCUGGAAGGACGGCCCAGUGCAUACAACUUUGACCAGAGCGUGGUGUUGAAGGAAUGGGUGACAGCGACCGACCUGCUCAUCUCUUUGGACAGGCUUAACACCUUUGGAGACGAGUUCUUCAAAGACGCUAAAGUGUUACGCUCGUACUUCUAUGCCAUCUCGGACUUCUCUGUGGGUGGCAGAUGCAAGUGUAACGGUCACGCCAGCGAUUGCACUGAGGGGGAACUUCGGGGCCUGGUCUGUUCCUGCCAGCAUCACACAGUGGGAGAUGACUGCCAGAGAUGUCACCCCUUUCACCAGGACAGACCGUGGGCCAGGGCCACUGGGGACUCCGCCAAUGAGUGUUUGAAGUGUAACUGCAGUGGGAGGUCAGACGAGUGUGUGUUUGACGUGGAGCAGUACCGCAGCUCUGGCAGUGGGGGGCGCUGUGUGAGCUGCAGAGACAACACCGACGGGCCCCAUUGUGAGCGCUGCAGAGAGAACCACCACAGGAGAUCUGCAGAAGAGCCCUGCCUACCCUGCAACUGCAAUACUAAUGGCUCACAGGGUCUGCAGUGUGAUGUAGAAGGAAGGUGUGCGUGUGGAGUUGGCGUGACAGGGGAGAAGUGUGACACAUGUCGGGCCGGCUUUCACUCGCUCGGCCCGGGCGGCUGCAGGCCGUGCGACUGCGACUCCAGCGGGAGUGUCGACGACUGCUCUCCUCUGGACGGACGGUGUCACUGUAAGCCCAACGUGGAGGGACAGAGCUGUGACAGAUGCAAGCCAGGCUUUUUCAACCAACAACAAGUAAACCCAGCAGGCUGCCAGGCGUGCUUCUGCUUUGGCCACUCGCUGGCCUGCUCCACAUCCAACCACUACGCUGCUGUCAACAUCACUUCUGACUUCAUUGAAGAUCAGGACGGCUGGUUGGGAGAGUUCUCUGGAGGGCAGGAGUACCCCCUGCUGUGGAAGGAAGGUGAAGUCUACCUGCUGCCUCUUACCGAGGAAGACAUCGGCUUCUACAAAGCCCCCGAGAAAUUCCUGGGUCAUCAAGUCUACAGCUACGGCCAGCUCCUCUCCAUCAUCUUCACCUCUGAGACCGCCGAGCUGCUCCCCGACCGUGUCACCUUGCUCCUCCACGGCUCUGGAGUCACCCUGACUGCUGACCUUUCACCCCAACCAGUGCUUGACCGUGACCCCGGCCUCACGUCGCAGCAGUCCUUCAUUGUCAGGCUUCAUGAAAACGAGAUGAGGUUUAACCCUCCACUGUCCGCCCUUAAGUUCCAACGACUCCUUUACAACCUGACGGCUCUCCGAAUCGGCAACGCUGGAGGACAGAACUACACAUCGCAGCUCGCGGGGGUCACCCUGACAUCGGCAUUCAUCUCCUCUGGUCCGGCCAACCCUCCUGCCCCAUGGGUGGAGUUUUGUUCCUGUCCCCCGGGUUUUGUCGGGCAGUUUUGCGAGCGGUGCGCCCCAGGAUUCACCCGGGAAGACCCCGGCGGAGGGCCCCUCUCAACAUGUGUGCCAUGCAACUGCCACCAGCAUGGAACCUGCCACCCAGAGACAGGUGUGUGUGAGUGCUCAGACUUCACCACUGGGAUGACCUGUGAGCACUGCCUGGAUGGUUACUACGGCAACGCUUUGAUUGGCACGCCUGUGGAUUGUCAGCCUUGCCCUUGCCCGGACCGUACCAGCUGUGCCCAAAUUGCAGUGACUGGACAGGUGGUCUGUACCAACUGCCCUGCAGGACAGACAGGGAUGCGCUGUCAGAUGUGUGAAGAUGGUUACUAUGGUGACCCACUGGGACAAUCUGGGGCAGUUCAACCGUGUGUGAGAUGCGACUGCAAUGACAAUGUGGACCUCAACGCGCUGGGAAUAUGUGACCACAUCAGCGGCCGAUGUCUGAAAUGCCUGAGACACACAGAGGGCGACCACUGCCAGCGCUGCCAGCGGGGUUUCUACGGCGAUGCCCUGAACCAGACAGCUGUCCAGAAGUGCAAGCCUUGCAGCUGCAAUCCUGGCGGCGCCUCUGGACAUGUAAAUGAAUGCCACCCUCAGACAGGAAACUGCCAGUGCCUCGGUCAGGUGACCGGACGGGAUUGCAGCUAUUGCGAAGUUGGAUUCUUCAAUCUCCAGCCAGGCGUCGGAUGCGAGAGGUGCAAGUGUAACCCAGUUGGCUCAUCGUCCAUCGCGUGUCAUCCAAUCACAGGGCAGUGUGUGUGUCGUGCAGGAGUGGAGGGGAGACUGUGUGAUUCUUGCCGUGUGGGCUUCUUUGGAUUCUCAUCACGAGGUUGCAGAGCCUGUAACUGUGACCCAAUGGGCUCCAUUUCCAUGCAGUGUCACAGUAACGGUACCUGCCACUGUCGCCGGGGCUUCGUGGGUUACAAGUGUGACAAAUGUGAGUUGAACUAUUUCAACAACAGAGCCACGCACCAGUGUGAGGAGUGCCCCGUGUGCUACGGCCUUGUCAAGAAACAGGCAGAAACGCUGAGGACUCGCCUGCAGGAUUUGGAGAAGCUGUUGGCUCACUUUGAUUGCCGAGGUAGAUUUGGGAAGCAGCACCACCUGCUGAAGUAUCACAUGGCCAGGCUUCCCGAGCAUGAGCACCAGAGGGAGGACUCGCUACCCAAUGCUCUGGAGGAUUUCCUGGCCUUCCAAGAAGCGCGGGAGGCCUUCAUAAAACAGUUUUCCUCGCUGGAAGCUUCCACGGGAACUCUGUUAGCCCAGCUGAAUGGCAUUACGUCGACUUUGAACUGCAGCAUCAGCGUGACUGAGCAGGAGGGGGAUGAGAGCAGCAAGGUUGAAGGGAGCAAGGGUGUGUGUCAAACCUUCACACACACUAUGUUCAUGGUCAGAGCGUCUCAGAAACAGCUAAAGCAGGCAACACUGGACCUGGACGGCAUGAUCAUUCCUUUUGAGGUGGCGUCAGGACCCAACAAAUGGAACAUUAUGGUGAAUGACUCACAGGCUCUAAUGAAAAGUCACGGAGAAACGGCAGAGCUCAUCGAGGCCGUAGCCGGCAGCGCGGUGAGAGCCUCAGAGCAGACCUUCAGUUUGCUGAUGGAUCUACUGCAGGACAACUCCACAGAGGAGUACAUCAGGAACCUAACGGAGCAAAUUACACAAAUGCAGCAGCAAAAGGAGAACCUGACGGUGCAGGUGAAUGACACUGUAGCCCAACAGCUGGCCCUGCAGGAGGACGCUGCUGGUUUAAAGCUUGCCCUGGGUGCCGUCACAUCCUCCUUACAUCAGCUGGCUCUGACAGAUGCCAGCUCAUCACCAGAGCCUGACCAAACACAGCCAACCAACCAUACAGCCGAGUGGGGCGAGGACCUGCUGAGACAGACACAAGAGCUGGACUGGAAAAUUCAGACCAAAGACGAUCUGGUCAGUAAAGUCAGAGAGGAGAUGGAGCCUCUAAAGCAGACGGCCAAUAAGAAAAUGGAGAUGGUGGACGACAUCAGCGAGCUGCAAGCUCACACUCAGAGGGCAAAGGUCAUGGCUUUGACGUCCGUGGUGACGGGGAAAGAGAUAGAAUCUGACGCCAUCGCCGUGCACAGAGAGCUACAAUACAUGGUGAGGGAGUGGCCCCGUCGGCAGGGCCAGACCAAGGCUGCGAUGAAGAAGGAAAGACCCCUGCAGGAGAAGGUUCUCGCUGACGUCAGGAAAAGGGUCUCACACAUUGAAAAGAUGCUAAAACCAGUUCUGGAAAACUCCAGCCACUCCAGCAACACCACGAGGGAGGCAGAACAAACAGCACACGCUGUGGCGAAGCAAUCCAAAGCCAUUCUGAGCCAGGCCAAGCACACCAGGACUGCGUCUGCUCACCUUAGCUCACAUAUAGACUCGGCUUUACAACAGCUGACUGCGCAGGAGAUGCAAAGUGACAGAGUCAACUCCCAGAUCACUUCCGAGCCUCUGGUUUCUCUGACCAGCGUCACGGAAGACAUGGAAGCAGCCAAGCUCAAGUUAAAGGCCUAUUCUGCUACACUCUCUGAGCUCAUCAGUAAGAUUGAUGGGAGCGUGCCGCUGGAGCGCUUUGACCGGAUCUUGGACGAGACAGCGCGCCGCCUGAGCAUGCUUCGCGGGAGUGUUGACAGCCCGACACUAGGUUUGAAGAUUCAGAAGCUGCAUUCGGCCGCUAAGGACCAACACAGCCGGAUGUCCCUCAUUGAACAGGACUUACAGGAGAUCACAGAGGAGAGAGACAGUCUAAGGGACAUCGCUUUAAACCUGCCUCGAUCCUGCCCCCAGGCCACAGGAGCAGGUAAAGGCUAGAUACUGUAGAUGUGAGGCAUUAAAGGGACAGUUCGGAUUGUUUGAAGUGGGGUUGUAUGAGGUACUUAUCCAUAGUCAGUGUUUGGAGAAACAACCCUACCUACCACCUAAAAGGAAAGACUCGCCUAAAAAGAUCAGUCAGCCCUUUCUGACGGGGAACUGAGGCCGUUAUCUUCUAAGCCACCAGACUCCAUUGACAAAAACAGCAAUUUCACCUCGCAGAACACGGUGGUUCCUUCUCUACCGCUGCCUCCAUCUGUUAGUUUGUCCACAUCAUUGUGUGACUUUGGGUUUUCAAAGGCUUAGUUUGGAUUCACUAAACAAUAACACGAACAACGAUCCAGUCAGCAGUACACCAGCAGCUUCCGUGUUCUGCGAGGUAAAACUGCUGUUUUUGUCAAUGGAGUCUGGUGGCUUUGAAGAGAGCAGAGAUGGCGGCUUCAGUUCCCCGUCAGACUGUCAGAAAGGUAAAGCGGUGAAAAUAAUGUAAAUAUAGUUUACAUUUAAACUGAUAUAUACAUUGCUUUGCUUCCGUGCUAGUACUCCUUUCUGUUUCAGCCAUCUGCUGUAGGUAAAACACUGACUAUGGAUAAAUACCUCAUACAACCCCACUUCAAACAAGCCGAGCCAUCCCUCGAAGUCAUUGAUAAGACAGCUGAACAUCAGAGAAGUCUGCGAGGGUUUUGUUAAUAAAAGCAGCUGUGGUAAUAUUUUAUUCUGCUUCAAAAAGGUCUGUUAUAUCCUUUUCAUAUUCCUUUUGCCCCAAGGUACAAUUUAUUUUACCACCUCGAGAGACACUGUCUCACACAUUCCCACCAAAAGCCUCAGACUCCUCCACGCCAUGAUUCAUACCUAAUCUUCCUUUUUCUUUCCUUCAUUUCUUUCUCCCACUCUCUGUUUUUACUUCAGAACUGUAAUUUCACCGUGAAUAAUAACCAGUCGUUCUGAACUGCUGGAGUGCCCUGUCAAGUUUAAAAUAAUGCUGAUUUUCCUUUGUGGGGGUAAAAGGUGUGUCUGAGUGCUCCUCCAGACUGACACAUUCAUUUACACUUGAGCUCUUUUUCAUCAGCCUGGCUUAAUUAACAAUUAGUCCCCCUUGGCUUCGGUGGGGUUCAGGUCAGGCUUCAACAGCACGUAACCUGUGUUCGGGAUUCUUACAGUGCUACCUCUCUGUUGUUGCGGUUUCUCCAUUUUUGUCAAAUAGUCGAAUAUCCUCCGUCUUGGGGGGGGGGUCACCGUUCUGGUUCCUGGUGACCAAAAUGUAAAAGCUAAGUGACGUUUGUAUUGCGAGACUCAUGAAGUUACGAUACGCCCAGGUGAUGUACGAGACAUCUGUUUAUAUAACGCUGAAUAACUGAUCAGGGAUCAGAUUUAGUCACAUGGUCUCAUCCAUGUGUCCCAGCUACACAUCUACUUACAGUAAUAGUUGUGCAUGUAAGGCCUUCACAUAGAAACCGUUACACAAUAAAGUAUACUUGAAAUGGACACUGUUGCACAAUGGAAAUGAAGGAGGGGCUCCCAGCUGAUAAAAAGCUGACAUUUGUAGGUGAAGCUUCAAUGAAUUCUCUCAAAACAAAAACAAUAAAUGAAGUAUUCCGUCCUGAGGAAAACA